AUGGCGGGCUUCCAAGCUGUCGGCACCUCCCGGAAAAAUUCAACGAAGGAUCCUUCCAUGACGGGCGCAAGCUUGCCGGCUGUGAGUCCUUCAUUUGAUGAACUGAAGUCUUACGGCGGUGAAUGGGAUGGCCUACUAAUGGAAGAUCAGUUCCGAGGGACACAAUUUGGUACCGAGAGCCACAAAGGAAGUGAAAUAGAACCGGAUCUACAAAAGAGGGAAAAGAAUUCUGCACCAUUACUAAAAAAUAAGAGUGAGAACAUAAAACAAGCAAUGUUUUUUGCUCUCUCGUUAUUGGCUGUGGUGUGUGUAGCUGUAGCACUAAAACGGAGGUCGAUGCCAAAGAAAGUGGCAGCACUUCCCCCCUUGCCACUGGACGGGUUAAAUAUAGAUGAAUUGUUAAUGCAGUUUAGAAUGGAGAGUAUGACCCUGAAUAAGAGGUGGAAUGCUGCCUCAAACCGGGUGAAAUCUGCAUUUAUAAAGUACUAUAUGCCAAGCAGUGAGGACCAGCAAUACUUAAGUCAGAGCGCGGCAAGGGAAUCAUACGAGCGACACAUACGUGCCAUGGAGCAAGCUGUGAGGCCAGGACAAGGGGCUAGCAGGGAACAGCAGUGGGAGUAUCUGACGCACCUGAAACUACUUUCAGCUCUCUGUAGAGGUGCAAAUGAACGUCUUCGACUUCUUGGAGGACUGGACUUGCUUGCAUCUGAACAUGGAAUUCCUGUCCCUGUACUUGAUCAGCCUGCCACAAAAAGCUGGCCUAUUCUGAGGGAAGCCGAGAAGGAUAUUGCAAUGACCUUCCACGAAUUCCUGGAUUUGAUACCAAGGGGACACUUGCGCUAUGCGAAUGAGGGAUCUGUAGCGAGCGAUGAGGCUUGUAUUUCGAGAAGGCCUGCUAGGAAGUUUUCGGACGUGGUUCGGAUGGGUGAUAAGUUUACAGAUUGCGAUUAUUCUGUGUGUGAGAAAUUUGAGCCGGUGGUAAACGCUUUCGGAUUGAGCCUGAUUUUGAUGGAGCAGGACUACGUAGAGCAAGCGAGACCGUUAAAAACCCCAUGCGACGAGACUCCUUUCGCAACCAAUGUGUUCCUUAGGACCCUUGGAAUCAAAUUUGAAAAGGCGAAGGAGAGAUCAGUGAGGAGUGUGCUGAGACAUGCUGCACAGAAGUGGAACGACCAUACAGUCGACAUGCUUGCGGAGAAAUUCCUUGGUGAGCACGCAGACAGACUUGCUGACCAAGUUAGAGAGAAGAGGAAAAUACUCCAACUAGCUAGAGAAAAGCAGGGCAUCGCUGACAAUCAUUUGUUCGCGCUUUCUCUGUUCCUCCUUUGA